CCCCCAACUGCCAUCGCCUGCUGGCACAGCGCGACAUUUGUCUUGUCGGGCAAACCUCGGCAUCGAAUAUGCAGCUACAGACUGCGAUCAAGUACGAACGUGGGGAACCAUGGUUUGAAGACGGGAACAUUGUCCUACUUGCGGACCAGAGCACUGUCGCAUUCAAGGUUCACCGGGGAGUUCUAUCGCGACACUCGGAGAUAUUCCAAUCCAUGUUCCAGCUGCCGCCUCCCUCGCAGUCAGAAUAUAUCGAGACAGUGGACGGCUGUCAGUUGGUUCGUAUGUAUGAUCUCCCUGCCGAUCUAAGCAACCUGAUCAAGGCAUUAUACGACGGUCCCUCCUUUCAGAACCGCAGUGCAAGAGAUUUCUACGAUGUCGCAGGCGUCCUGCGUCUCUCCAACAAGUAUUUCAUUGCGCAUCUUCGAUCCCAGGCGAUCCGUUUUCUCUCCAAAACAUGGAGCUGUACACUUCGCGGACACGACGCCAUGCUGCAGAUGGCUCUCGACUCUCAUCGAGUGGACGGUCUGACGUACCCAUAUGUGCACCCGCUUCACGUCCUUAAGCUUGCUCGCGAAACCAAUGCUCAAGUUCUAGUCCCUUCGGCGCUGUACUUCCUCUCACUCUACCCACUGCAGGAUAUCACGCGAGGGGAUCAUCCUAAAUUGCAGGUGGAGCACCCUUCGCGUCCCUCUCCUGAGCUCUCUGCGCAGGAUCUGCAGGACUACACUCUGAUGUUCCAGCAUCGGAUCGACCUGAUGCUAGAAUUCGUCCAGAACGUGGACACAGCUCCCGGAGCUGGCGCAAUGUGUACAAAUCGACAGGGCGACUGUUACAGUGUCUUUUCAAGGCUGGCGAAUGUGCUUUCGCGCUCCUGGCUGGCGAGGACGGGCCCUCUUCACUUCAUGGUGCAGGCCGUCGAUCAAUUAGCUGAAGACCCAACCGCUUGCCAUCCUUGUCACCGUGCAUUUCGUGAACACGUGUUCGCAAAGCGGCAGCAGAUUUGGGACGAGCUCCCGAGCAUCGUCGGUCUUCCAAAUUGGGAGGAGUUGAAGGCCAGCGAUUUAGGGUCGCAGCCAUAGCUGUUCAGUGCUCUUAUGCCGGCGAUUGUUUGGUGUAGCAUUUUCUUUUAUACUUAUGUAACGCACUCGAUUGUUUUAUCAUUCGAGACUUUGUUCUACACUCGUCCCCGCUCCACUCAGCCCGUUUACAUGAUUACGUCAAUUCCAUUUCGAACGGAUGUUUUCACGAAAUCCUGAGGGCACCACGGCUUCAGAUGAAACGGAUUAACCUCCAGCCGGGUUACAUUGUUUGCUCACCAUAAACUCGCCACGCAAGGGCGAUUCACAUUCUGGGAAUCCGACAUACCUUCAAACCAGUCUCUUGCCCUGUACCCACAUUGCACAGCGAUUCCGUCCAUCGCCUAUGCACCACCAUUUCUC